AUGUCAACCCCAAAUAUAACCCUAUCGAUCGCUUCAACUCAGAACAUCACAGAUCCCUCAUUGCGGAGUGAUUCCCACACAAUUUCCAAAUGGUACAAUUUGGGAAGCGCGGGGUGCACCGGAUUCUGGCGCGAAGCAGCUCUUGUUGUACCCUCGGUGUUGUUCGUGCUGUACCUAGGGUUUCAAGCUAAGCGGAAUAUCAAGAAGCUGAGCCACCGCAGGUCUUAUGUAAUGAUUUCGUACUAUGCGCUUAUCUGGUUCAGCGUUCUUCUCAACCUCGCCUGGUCAUUUCUUCAGGAAUGGCAGUGCUCUCUAGGGAAGGAGACUGCAUGGAACCUAUUGUCAUUAUUCACGGAAAGUGGAAUUCUAUUCUUAGAAAUUAGCUUAGUGGCCUUCUUGCUCCAGGAUAGUUAUGCUAGUGGAUUGGAAGCUCUGGCACGUACUUUCAUAGUUUCAGGUGUCUUUGUGGCUGUUGAUAUACUUCUCCAGGUAAUAUUCAUAUUUGGAUUCGGGGUUCCACUCUUUACUGAUGUUGAGACGACACAUCGGGGAAAGUGGGGUGUAUGGUUCACUCAUACCCUAGUGCUUGCAGCAGUCUAUGGCUACAUAGCAUUUGUGCACUAUUCAAAGUGGAGAGAUAAGUUGCCACCAAGACCGGCAUUCUACAACUACGUCAUCCUCAUGUUUAUAGUCGAUGUAACUUCAUUGUUUGCCUGUGGGCUUGCUGGAAUUGGAGCUGGCUUCGGACUUUGGUUGUACAAUUUUAUAGUGAUAGUUCGUCACUCUCUAUAUCUUCCAUUUCUGUACAUAAUUUUUCUUGCCGACUUUUUCCAGGAGGAAGAUUGGCUGUUGGAUAAUGCUUAUUACUCGGAGAUGAAAGAUGCAGGGUUUUUCGAUACUGACUGGGAUUAG